ACUCUUCCCCAGUAGCGCUCCAUCGGUCUGCAAGUUUAUUUUCAACCAGAGUUUCAAACGCCCGUAACAAAGCACAGAGCAACGCUUUUGCAGGCGAAUUGAAUUACCAUGUCCUUCACACGCCCACCGAUUCUGGUCCUGACGGCCGUAUUGUGCGUGCUUCUGCCGCUUUUGACUUCCUGUAUGCCCGUCGAGCAAAUUAUACUCGAUGGAGACCAUGUGUACAAAACAGAUUCCGUUACCCGUGCUCCACUGCUAACUGCUCUCAAUGGUGAAAUCAUUGAGGGCCGUUAUAUUGUAAUAUUGAAGCGUUCGGAGGGCGUAUUGCAGCGUCACCUUCAAACGAUAGGUGCAAUGCUCCCUCAAUUUGCUGAGGUUAACCCUAUUGAGCUACCUGGGCUUGAAGGCUAUGUUGGCAACUUCCCUGAUCAUGUCAUUGACGCAUUACGCAGCGUGGAUGAGGUCGCCUUUAUUGAGAAAGAUCAAAUUGUACAUGCCACCCCUACUAAAGGAGUUGGCGCUGUGCAGCAUGACGCACCAUGGGGACUUGGUCGGAUUUGCCAUAAAGAGCAUCCAACUGGCAACGAAUCCCACACAUACGUAUACUAUCCGGACGAUGGAAAGGGCGUGACAGCGUACGUGGUGGACACUGGUAUAAAUAUCGAACAUGUUGACUUCCAGGGCCGUGCAAAGUGGGGUGCCACGAUUCCGUUCAAUGACGAGGAUAUUGACGGUAACGGACAUGGUACCCACGUCGCAGGAACUAUUGCUGGUGCAGCGUACGGUGUUGCAAAGCAAGCAGAAGUUGUUGCAGUCAAAGUCUUGAGGUCGAACGGGUCAGGAACGAUGUCGGACGUGGUUCGCGGAAUUGAAUGGGUUGUAAAAAAUCACCGUAAUCGGACCAAAGAAGCGCUGGACGACGGCAGUAAGAAAAAAGUUAAGAGUGUUGGUAAUAUGAGUCUGGGGGGUGGCAUGUCUAGGGUUUUGAACAUGGCUGUGAAUGCGGCAUACGACGCGGGCGUUCUUUUCGCAGUUGCUGCGGGUAACGACAAUCAAGACGCGUGUGACUACUCUCCCGCCUCUGCAGAGAAACCGAUUACAGUUGGUGCCACGACGAAAGAAGACAUUAGAGCUUGGUUCAGCAACUGGGGUAAAUGUACCGACAUUUUCGCACCCGGUCAUCAAAUUCUGUCUGCUUGGAUCGGCAGUAAUGACGCUACGAAUACUCUCUCUGGAACCUCAAUGGCGACCCCUCAUGUUGCGGGUAUUCUCACGGCCUUCCUAUCCCGCCCGGAAUUUGAGAAUCUCCAACCGAAGGAUCUAAAAAGACUGGUGAUCAAGGCCGCCACCCGGGGGGUUAUCAUCGGGAUUCCAGAGCACACCGAUACGAAGAAUCGUCUGGCUUUUUCCCUCCCACCUUCAGAAGGAGACAUCUAGACAAGGGAUGACCCCAUCUGCAGAUUACCGCUGGAGACAGGAUGGAUGAUGUACGCCACUAUGUGAUAGCUGAAACCGAAAAUUGGGUGUAUAUGUGCAUAGCAUCGAGAAUAUCUCUGUACUAAUGCCAACAUGCUCCAAUGAUACUAUCUUACACUA